CUUUCGCUGCUUCUUUUCUCGUACAAAAGUAUUCGCAUCAAGUAAUAUGAUUUAUAUCUCAACAUCCAUCGAGUAAUAUAAUUAAAAAUGUAACAUACAGUCACUAAUAUACAUCGUUUUGAAAAUAUUUUCUACACUACGGCAAUGAGCAGAGACGCAAAGGUCGCGAGACAUUUGACAGCUCUCUUGGUUCGCUCUCUCGCUUGCUUAUAUUUAUGUGUGCAGGCUGCUUAAUGUCAAACGCAUUCGGGAGAGCGCACGCACAACACGGUCGUCUUGAAGCCGCAGUAGCAAUAGAGAAGUGUGAACCUCCGCUUCGGGCGAACGGAUGCUUUGUCUGUAGAGUUUUGAAUAAAACGAAACGGAUAGCCAAAUAAACACUUAAUUUAACUAGAAGGCCUAUUCGAAAACCACCGUGUGGCCAACGAUACGGCAUGACAGUACCGUGCUGGUUUUAUAUGUUGUGCAGAAUUAACGUGACACCUUACCGCAAGGACAUUCGCCGACAAGGAUUCUGGGAGCGUAGUGCAGCGAAUCAAUACAUUGGGGUGUUUUGAUGUAGAGUGUAAAGUAGCGCUGUAAAAACAACGCUUCAUUUUAUCAUAAAUACAGGCAGAGAAGUGCAAUCGGUUGUGAUCAUGUGCAAGUGCAGCGUGUUAAAGUGAAGAUUAAUCAACCUGCAUUAAAUGAAGCGAUUGUAAAGUCGUGCAUAUUGAGUGGCAAACGAUAACAACGGCGGCCCGUGUGCGUGUGCGAGCGGUAAACAACACAAAUAAACCCUCACCUUAGCGCAAACGUCGGGAAAACUUAUCGCGAAAGACGCUCCCAGUUUUUCUCAUCACGAAAACCCUUCUCCAAACGGGUACCAUCAAUAAAACGGGGUAAAACAAAACCAUCGCCAACAUGAUAUCGAAUUAUGCGGAACUAUUUCUCAUCUGUGCCAUCAUAUUGAUGCCAAUAUUUUACGAAACGUCGAGUCGAUUCCGGUACUACUUUAAAUUCGUCGUCUACUACGGUGUCGUUAUACUGAACUCCUUCAUCCUGAUACCCGUCUUCCUGUUUCGGCCCUGUGAUGUGCGGAAUCUGAUAUUAGCAAGCAAACUAUGCCGGCUAGCAUCGCCAAUCAUCAGCAUGAAAUGGGAGGUCCGUGGUGCGGAGCAUAUGAGUGCCGAUCGCGCUAUGGUAAUGGUGGCGAAUCAUCAAAGCUCGCUGGAUAUCUUAGGAAUGUUUGAUUUCUGGCACAUUAUGGACAAAUGUACGGUAAUUGCAAAGAGGGAGUUGUUCUUUGCCUGGCCCUUCGGACUUGCCGCCUGGCUGUCGGGACUGAUCUUCAUCGAUCGCCGGCAUGCACAACGCGCCCAAACGGCCAUGAACGAGUCAGCCAAGAUGCUCAUCAAGAAACGCACCAAGCUGUGGGUGUUCCCGGAGGGCACACGACGAACGACGAACGAAAUACAUCCGUUCAAAAAGGGUGCUUUUCAUGUGGCGGUCCGUGCACAGCUACCGAUUCUUCCAGUUGUCUACAGCUCCUACCACACGUUCCUGGACGAUCGGAACAAGGUGAUGAACCCGGGGCAUGUGAUCGUGACCGCACUACCGCCAAUCGAAACGAAGGGUCUCACAAACGAUGACAUACCGGAUCUGAUCGAACGGACCCGAGCUGCGAUGAUUGAAACGUUCAAAGCGACAACGAAGGAGGUCGAAAAUCGGUUCAAUCUGAGCGGUCAUGGGAUGACACCCGCCAAAGGAACAACCACGGUGAUUUCCCGCAUUGCGGCCGCAAUCCCCAGUUCGGUGCGGUCCGUCGGACCCAGUGCACCCAUUGCCACAUCCUUAAUCGAACCAGAGCCGAGAAAAAUCGGGUCCCUGAUCGGUGGCGACGCGUCGCCGAUCAAGGAACCGACCGCCUACCGGCGUAAAGAUGUACAGCGAGAUUAGGUUUGCCCGAUAGAUGCACCGUUACGCGUGCCAUUGAUUAUAGUGAACAGCAAAGCACAGACAUACACUAAUUUGCUUUAAAUUGUUCAAAUGAUGAAAUUAUGUUUGUUGCCAUAAUUUAAAGAAAACAACGAGAUAACAGGAGCUGCUGUUUUAUCCUUUCCUUCUUUCCUCCGUCAGCUCCGAAUCAGGCUGGCAUUUUAGUAGAUACGACCUCUCCUAGAGAGUGUUUAGGGAAUACGGAGCAGUUAAGCAAGCAGCUGAUGCAGAAGCAAUACAUCUUUUGUUUUUGUAUGAAAAAUGUACUGCGAAUAUAAGAAAGGAAGAAUGGUUUGAAAAGAAAAACGCUUACUACUGGCAAAACCAUGGCAUUGGCGGUAAAAUGAAUAGUAGUGAAUUACAAGUGAAAGUGAGAUUGAGCUGCUGUCUCAAAGUGAGCAAUUUGUGAAAGAGUAUUUGAUUAACCAAAAACCAGUGCCAUUUCAGAUGAAAAGAAGGGGCACGUAAAAAGGAACUCCCCAAAGAGGACCUAAUAUAUCCUUUUGUUUUUUCCCCACGGUUCCUUUUUCAUCCUCUCAUCAUUUAAUCAAUGUAAAAAUCAAACAAACCAUCGUGUAAAGGCUUUAAGAAUCCGUUCGUGACCCGGACAUGGAUAGGUGGAACUGUGUAUUAAAUUAUUAUAUUACUUUUGUUAUUUUUUAAAACCCUGAACAAAGGAACGAGGGAUGAAUUAGGUCGUGUGUAAUGUGAAGGUUAGAUCAAUGCGGUCUAUACCUGACGAACGGAAGUUUUAUUAGAUGAUUUUGUUUUUAUUUUCGUUUUACAUUCUGAUCUCGUUGCAAUUGUGCGUAUUUCAAAUGUGGUAAAAAGUUAGCGAUACGCAAAAUACACCGUGAAAGGACACAUAAAACGCUGAAAAGUAUCGGGGAGGCUUGAACGAUGUUCUCGGCGCGUUCAUUCCCUCUCAUAUGUAUGUAGUUGGCACGUUUCAUCAUGUCUUUUGUGAUAGAAGACAUACGCAUUGUUUUGUACAGCUUCUAUCCACAGCAUUGUAAUCCCGGCCUGGUGUUGCAAGAAUUGUCCAUUUAAUGGCAGUGACAGGAGUGGAUGGAAGAUAGACAAACAACACAUAACGUACGAAAGUAAUGUGCCGUAUUAAUGAUAUUCAUUCCACAUUCUUUAUAAUGAUUUUGUAUAGUUUGUUCGUAAAUCAUGUAAUCAAAAGAUGGCCUGGGAUAUAUAAUUAAUGAUAAUAAAUCUGCAUCCGCAAUAAUA